AGGGACUUCUGGUCAGGCAGGAAAGGAGUCUGGAGACUAAAAUAGCGGAUUGAACUCUCUUUCACCAUUUCUGACUGAUGGAAGUGAAAUAAGCAAUACAAUGACAAACCGUUGUUCCGGAUUAUUUUUAUGUAUGGCGUCACAGUUGACAACACGAGCUGUCUUGCUCAAUGAAACUAAAGAACAGAUCCUGACAAGUCUGGGACUCAAAAACGUUAAAAGCCCUUUUGUGAAAGUUUACAGGUGUGAGCUGCUGGAAUGCAUUUUGUCCGACAUACGAAUGAUUUUUCCAGUAAAUGAUACAAGAAUAUCACCUUAUGUUGACCCACAAGAACCUUCUUCAUUCAGAUGUGCCUUUCAUAUUUUGACGUCGUUUCAUCAACUAAAGCAAGAUGACAUAAUUUAUCAGCAGCAUUCAUCAAUACAUCAAAAUUUAUAUGAAUACAAUCUAAGAAUACAAUAUUUUUCUUGUCUUCACUGUUUGGAAUGUAGACGAAGUGAUUGGCUUACAGGUUAAUUAAGGUUGGAUAACUUUACAAACGAGUUGACAAUUUCCACCUGCUGAUUUAGAUAUUAAUUAAGAUCACAGAAGAAAGAAACACAGCUUCAAAUUCUUUUCUGGAAAUAGUUGCACAACUGAAAUCAAAGAUGUUUAUAGAGAUGAAGGAAACAUUAUUAUUGUGAUAUGUAUAAUGAAUUAUUCUCUCACAAUGAAUAAAUUAACUGAAGCAAAAAACGAUGAUACAAGAGAGAAACAAUGUUUCUGUGAUAUUUGUGGUACAUC